AUGUGGCCUAGACUAUUUUAUUUAAAAGCCUAAUACACCAUAUACUUUUAAGCUUUAUUUUCUAAUGCAAUCAUAAACACGUUACGUUUUAUUAACUUACUAACAUCUUCACUAACUAUAUUCUGUUUUGCUUUUUCUGCUCAAGCAUUUUCAAACAUAUUUUAUUUUAGGAUUUUUAUUUUUAUCUCCCACAGCUGGAUUUUGCUAUUUCACUUUUAUUUCACAUACAGCUUGAAGGGGUGUGAGCAUCAGCACAGCGAAAUGACUCCAACCUACAGAAUGCGGUCUCCCAGGGCCCUGCCUGGAACAGAUCUGUAUGUCUGGCCCUACAAAUGGCAAAUGGUAAUUCCCUUAUAUUAUAGCUCUUAAUUAGUUCAUUUCACCGUUUCUGAAUAUACCUGUGGUUAAAUUUGUAUUGAAACACUCAAAAGUACCACUCCUCAGUCUGGACACAAUAGGUUCUGGACUUUGGUCAACCUGUGUGCCUUGUUAGUCCUCUCCAGUAAUUGGUGAGUAAGGAAAUGACCCUUCAAUUUCCUCUUCUUUGUCCUCUGACCUCUAAGGUGACUUAAUUUUUCUAAAUGUUUCCAAGUCUUCAAGGGCUCGAUAUUUUAUGAAUUUUGCAAAAAGUGUGUAAGGAGUGAGAGAGAGGUUCUGUGAUUUUUCAGAUUCUGAAAAUUCAUUUUGAUUGUACCUGCUCCAGAAACAUACUGGAUUGUAUGCUAAAGUGAAGAGAGCCUUCCAGACAACCCUCCCAAUCUAUUUGUUUCUUCAUUUAUUCAUUCAAUAAAUAGUUAUUGAAUGCUUGCUUCUUAAGUGCCAAGCUCUAGACAGUGUGCCGAGGGGGGCACAGAGAUACGGUGGUCAGGAUCUCUAUCCUCCUAACCCCAUCCCUUCACCUCCAACCCUAGUCCCUACCAUCCACCCUCACCUGGUAAGGAGCUUAGUGUUAAUAAAGGAGAACCUUACCUAAAUGACAAUCACCCAAAGUAAACAGGAGAAACAGUAACGCCACACAAGAGGUUAAAUUUUUAAAGGUAAUUCUGUGCAGUAAAGUAUAAAACUGAUAUGUCAUAGUCUAGUGACAGUGUAACCACUAUUAACAUCUCUAAAAGAAGAAAUAAAAUAAAAUGAAUUUCUGCAGAACAUGGCCCAAUAUUAUGGCCUGAAGAUAGCUAUAUACUUGUGCUAUCUAAAGAUCUACUUUGUAAAGAUGACUACCAAGGCUGUAAAUACAAAACCACAAAUGUACUUACAUUUUCUGAAAUAACCAUGUUUUAGAGGCACUAUUUACUUUAUAUUUCAGUGGCUUGAAAAUAAUAUUUUGGCUUAAGUGUCUUCUACCAAGACAAUGAUGACACUUACCUUAAUCCUGAGAGAAAAUUAAAUACUGUAUAUAGAUGUACUUUGCUUCUCACAAUGGUUGUGAAAAAGUCAUGUUUAAAUUGAAGUUUUGUAAGUCAAACUGUAUUUUAUGCAUUAAGGAAGCUGCCAUUUAAAGGAAACUUGUGAAUCCUUUUAUAAAGUAUAAAACCAUUUUAUAAUACAAAUAAUCAUUCUCUAAUUUAUCUGUUUUGUAUGUUUGGAUUUUCAAUAUCGACUUUGCUUAAAACAGAGCCCACAUGUGUAAUAAGAAUGUGUUUUGCCCAGGCUGCUUGUGCUACGAGUUUGUUGGUUGCUAAGGGCUUAUAUUUGAAAGUCUGCUGCAGUUUGGUGUGCAUUGAGCUAUCGAGAGAUUCUAUGAUGGCACAGUAGCAUUCCUGAACAGUGCGAGUACAACCUAUUUCAACUCAAUUGAACACAGGACUCUUCUGCUCAGCAGUGUCUCCUCUCUCAGACGUGGCCGUGUUUUAGUAGAGGGUAGAGUGACUCCUGUAUUCAUGUUCUAUAAAGUGCUUAGAGUCACAGGUUUUAUAAUAAAUAUAUGUUAUGUAAACAUAUUGAACUGCAUGUGUGUUGGAAUUUUUUAGCAGUAUUUUAGCUUGAAACUACUUGUACAAAUGCUGUUAGAUAUAGUUGCAAAUAAUUGUUCUCAAGUUAUUGAAAUAAAUGGCAAAUGAAACAA